UUUCUUUAUUGUUUCAUAGGUUUAUAAAUAAAUAAAUAAUUUAUAAUAAUAAUGGUUCUUGUGUUAGUUGUCGGAGACAUUCAUAUUCCACACAGAGCUUCGGGAUUGUCACCAAAGUUCAAGAAACUUCUUGUCCCAGGGAAGAUUCAGCAUAUAUUAUGCACUGGGAAUUUAUGCACAAAAGAUUCGUUUGAUUAUUUGAAGACAUUAGCAAGCGAUGUUCAUGUCGUCCGUGGAGAUUUUGAUGAUAAUGUCAAUUACCCAGAACAAAAAGUUGUUACUGUGGGACAGUUCAAGAUCGGAAUGUGCCACGGGCAUCAAGUUGUCCCAUGGGGAGACACGGAGAGUCUAGCAAUGGUUCAAAGACAGCUUGGCGUUGACAUUCUAAUCUUUGGCCACACCCACAAAUUCGAAGCCUACGAGCAUGAAGGGAAAUUUUACAUAAAUCCAGGGAGCAUUACAGGAGCUUAUUCACCUUUAUCAUGUGAUAUUACCCCUUCAUUUGUACUUAUGGACAUCCAGUCUAAUACUGUCGUAACGUAUGUUUAUCAACUUCACGGGAGUGAUGUUAAAGUCGAACGUAUUGAGUUUAAAAAGCCGUAAUUUUAUUCUAUUUAUCUGCAAUUUUGAAAUAAUCAUAAAAUAUGAUUUAGAAAUUUCUGUUGGAAUGUCCCCACAGGUUUUUGAUCUUAGGAUAGGGGAAUGAAUCAAAUAUUCUUAUAUACAAAAUAAAAAUCAUUUAUAUUCGAUAAUAAACCACUGAUUCUAGGAAUAAUAUUUUCAUUCGAAUAGGUUUGGAGAGAAAUAAAUCCAAAAUUCUUAAUCAGCUCUGGCUUCAGACUAUGCAGAGGCCUACCCAAAGGGAGUGGGUCAGAACUAUAGCCUAGUUUAGAACAUACCGUAUUUGCUCGUUUUGUAGCUCGGGCCCAUAUUUUUUCAACCAACUCACUAACCUGGCCCUUAUUCAAACCGGCCCUUAUUCAAGCACGGGCGCUUGUCAUUUUCGAUCGUUCCAAUAA